GAAGUCCUCGACUUUCAGCUUCAUGUGAACUGUCACCAUUUGCCUGAUGGCGUGGCCGCGCAGUGCGCAUCCCUAGUUUGUCACUUAAUGUCAGUGACAUAGGUAAAUUGUGGCAUACUCGAAGAGUAGAUUGACUAACUUGAGAGUUUCACACAUUUCCUUCUACAUCCCUUCGCUCGGCCUCUCGUUUUACUGUCCGUACUAAUUGAUCAGACCAAACAUGUCCUUCAGUGGGAAGACACCCGAAUCUCUUCUCCCGCGAUCAGACUCGAGAAACCCAGCUACUACCUGCAGAGGCAUCACCACGUCCGGAAGGCCCUGUCGCAGACCGCUUGCUGCCUCUCCAAAGAACUCUCCCUCACCCUCACCGAGUCGAGGUAACGGGGUCCUUGCGGUGCUUGAAGAGCAGCAUGCGGCGGCUUUCUAUUGCUGGCAGCACAAGGACCAGGCCGAGCAAUUGGCAGCUCGGGCAGGGCGGACAAGUCUACACCCGUUGAAAGAGAGGUCGAGCAUUGAAACAUUAAUUGAGCAGGUGGGGAUCCUCGAGCUAGACGAGAAUGUGUCCAAGCGACACCAUCGGCGACAUGACGCAGACAGUGUGAGGCGCCGAGACACGUUGCCGUCGGGGUGGAAUCAAAUGGAGAGUCCGUUAAUGACGGUGCCGGACGAAGUGGUACACCACAGACGGCCAAAACGACGGCCUCCUCCCCCUCGACAGUCGAACGUGAAACUCUCUUGGGCCUGCUGCAUUCAAGCCGACCAUGAUGAUGAUUUGCCUCCUCCAAGGGUUCGAAGGGACGACAGGAAUCGGCGUCCUCGACCUCAUCCAGACGCAAGGCGACCAGAAAUGCAGCAGUCAUCUACCGCGGCCACGCGACCGAAACCAAGUCCUGCACCUUCUCAGACGCAGACACUUCUCUCGCUCAUCCCGUCCAAUCUCUCACCCCAAACCACCUCGCAGCUGCUCGCAGAGCUGUCCCGCCCCAUCUCGGCCGCGGACGAGGCUGGAUACAUCUACAUUUUCUGGCUCACGCCCGAAUCCGAGGUGUCGAAGCCCGACGACGAGACGGCCUCGUCUCUUCUGGAUGAUGACGACCUCGACGAUAGCAGCGGCGUGUACAACCGCAGCUCGGAGAGAACCAGCCAGGCUCUUGCCCGCUACGCCUCCGUGCGCCGCCCGCAGAACCAGGUCCAACCCAAACGCACCAUUACGCUCAAGAUCGGCCGCGCAGCCAACGUCCACAGGCGCAUGACUCAAUGGACCAAGCAGUGCGGGCAGAACAUCACGCUGAUCCGGUACUACCCACACAACAACCACGAUGCCGGUAACCUCCGCAGCGCCCAUCCUCAUGCUAACGUGUCAGCGAGCGCAUCUCCUCCUCAGAGCUGUGGCGGCAAAGUCUCGCACGUGCACAAAGUCGAACGACUCAUCCACCUGGAACUCUCGGAGAAGAAAGCCAUCAAGAGCGAGUGCGAGCAAUGCGGGCGCGAACACAAGGAGUGGUUCGAGAUCGAGGCCACGCGGCAAGGCUUGAGGGCCGUGGACGAGGUUGUCAGACGCUGGGUUGCGUGGGCUCAGAGGCAGCGAGACAGUAAAUGAGCGCAUUCUGGAUACUACUGCGAUUUUCAUCUAUGGCAGUCUCGUAAUGAAUUGAUUCACUACCACUCUACCA